AAGCCAAAAAUGGUGUCCUCAAAGUCUACUACCUUUGUGUUUUGUCUUGUGUUCAUCAUUUCCACAUCCUUAAACAGUUCUCUUGCUUAUACUAACCAAGUUACGAGGAAGGUUGUGGUUGAAGAUGAGAAUGGUCUUACCAUGACAAGUGGGAGCUCUCUUAGACACAUGGAACACAAGGGGAUUUUGAAUGGCGGCGAUGAUGAGGCGGGGAAGGGGAAGAUGGAAGGAAGGAAGAUGAUGGUGGAGAGAAAAGACAUGAUGAGCAAGGGAAAGAAGAAAGAGGAAGGUGGCAAAAGCUUGACAACUUCUGCUACUACUACAAGUAGCAAUGGAAAUGGAGUCUCAAAGAGCCCAUCACUUUCAGAUACCCAUGAUCAUCAGAAGCUUGAACCUCAAAGGGUUUCAAAGGAUGCAAACAAGGUUCUGGACAUGAUGAACAAAGACUACACCGGAGGUUCUGCGUCGGGGCCUAAUCCUCGCCAUAAACCUCCAAUCAACAAUCAUGAAUCGUUAGAUAAUGGACGAGGUUAAUUAAACCAGUUUUACCUUCAAUGUUAGUAUAGUUAAUGUGCGUGGUUUCGGCCAGUUAGUUUUGGGUUUAAUGUAUCCACAAUUUUGGCUUCUCAUAUGUAAUAUAUAUAUAGCUAUACAAGUAUAUGUAGUAAUAAACCAGUUUUACCUUCAA